AUGGCGAACGCUAACACGACUCCGAUGCCGUUUGUCCGCAAGUUCGGAUCUUCGGCGACGUCGGACAGAAGCAGUCCGACUUCGAAGGACGCAGAUUCAGGUAACUUUUAAUUGCAUUUUCAGGCUUCAUAUCGAUAAAUUUUCAGGUAAAAAACCCACAUUAGCCGCAUUGGCCCAGUCAGCUUUCCCCUCUCGUUACGAUCCGAAUGCGUUCGUCGGUAGGUUCUUCACUUCGCCCGCCCACGUAUACAUUACCUAAUUGAGUCGGGUUUCAGACAUUUCCGGAGCAUCGAUUUCCAUGCCGACAGUGACAGGAGCUUGCAAAAAGUGCGGAUAUCCGGGACAUUUGUACUUCCAAUGCCGCAAUCACAUUGAAGUGCGUCCGAAUGUGUCGACGAAGGCGUAUGAAGUGAGUUCGACGUCUUCCGAAUCAAGCGAUGAUGAGACUCCACUGGUGGCGUUGGAGCAGCAGCGAAAGAAGGACAAGAAGAGAAGAAAGAAGGAGAGGAAGGAAAGAAAGAAGGCGAUGAAGUUGGAGAAGAAGGAAAGGAAGAAGGAGAAGAAGGAGAAGAAGAAGCGUCGUCACGCUGAAACCGACGAUGAUAGCGAUCGGGAUGAGAGCGACAAAAAGAAGAAAAAGAAAAGCAAGAAGGAGAAGAAGGAAAGACGAAAGCGCCGCCACUCGAGCUCUUCUGAAUCUACCGACUUCUCGGACUCUGACGAUGAUCGUCGUGACGCCAAGCGUCGCCGCAGGUCCUAG